AGGUGAUGAUCACAUGACAUAAUUUGCUCUGACGAUUUUCGACCCUGAAAAAUUGUAACAGCAUUUGGUGAUUUUUCAUUCUUUUUCAGAGGCAAGUAAGCUCGAAGUGUCUCAGUUCUGGAGUCAGCUAGCCAGUGAGCACAAGUGCUUGAUUUAGUGGCAGCAGAGGCGGAUUUAUUGAAGGAAACGUCGACGAUUAAUAAAAGGCAAAAUGGGUAUGAAGAUUUGCGGACCGAAGUGUUCAACGUGCUGUUCCGUGAUCAGUACAUGGGGCGUGAUUAUGUUGGUACUGAUGGGUGUCUUCUUCCGAGUCAACUCGGUCGCUCUUUUGGAAGAUCUCCCGCUCGACACGAACAAGACCCUGACAAGAACGGAGUUGGAAGAUGCCUACACGGAGGUGUCCAACAACUGCUUCAUCGCGGCCGGCGUUUACGUUCUCUGGCUGGUCUUCUCCGUCUGGCAAAUGCGAGUCAACAACAAAGAGCAAUAUAACGUCCACUGAAAAGUUGACGGUCUUUUCACGGCUUUCCAUGUUGUCGUCGGCCCCGCUUCCUUUAUUGCUACACUGACUUUAAAAAUCAAAAUAAUUUGAAUUUGUCCCUUCUAUGUGAUGGCAAGGGUUUAUGCAAUGUAGCAAAAGGGGCGGGGCAUGUAGUGCCAGAUUAGGGGAGGGUAAAGGAGCUUAAUAGUUGUGUUGAUUAAAUGAAAUUGAACAUCAAAGUUUGUUAUUUUUUUUAACAUUUUUUUCAACAUGCUUAUCCUUUACCCUCCCCUAAAACGACCAUUUUUGUUGCCUAGAUACACUUCUACCUAUUGUGGGUUUUUCUGUACAACUCUAUCAGGCCACAGCAAGACAGUACUUAGACGGGCAACUUAACUUGAUAUGACGGUACAAAAUCAAGUUCAUGUUUAAUAGAAAUGCAAUGUUGGCUUCUGGGAACCUGACAGAGUUAGGCGCAUGUCAUGAACAUGUGACUAUUUGUUAGUAUGGUCUCGGACCGACAUACAUUUGAGUUAUCUGAUACGCAGAAAGAUUUGCAACAAAAAGUUGUAAAAUUAGAGCACAAGUACUGUCUUGUAGUGAAAAUGUGAAACAUAUCAAAAUUCUCAUUUUUUGACUGAUUUCCACACUCUGUUUUCAGUGUCCAGAAUACCUAGUGGGACUGAGAAACAGCCUGUACAGGUACAGUUGACUCUCGUUAAUACAAACUCAGCUUGACCUAGCCAAAAUGUUUGUUAUAUCAGAAUUUUGUAGUAAGAGGAGUGUCAGUCCCAUUCACUGUGUACAUGUACAUACAUUUACAGUCGGGACCAAGGGUCUGUGUUUGUUAUAACCAGAAUUUUGUAUCACCAGAGUUUGUAUUAAUGAUAGUCGACUGUACCUCUCAUUAUGUAAAUCCUGCCUUCGCUGGUGGGCAUUUGCAAAUUGUCUAUUGGUUAAUUCGAUGAUAUUCAACAGUUGGGAAAAGAAAAACAUUCCAGAUUUGAAAUGUUUGAUUGACUUGUUCAGUAGCAAUUUGAGUAUAUCUUUCUUCCAAAUUAUGUACCCUCUGAUAACUGGGUAUUUAUUGAUACCUGCAGAUGCGUCUGCAAUAUUUGUACAUAGGACCUUGUCUCAAAAUGUAUGAUUUUCUGUUUAAGUACUGAUAUAAAUUAAUGUGAUUUUUUUUUUUUUUUUUUUAGGGUAAGAGUAAAACAAGUAUGAUGCUCAGAGAAAAUGUAAUAUCAUUGAAUGACUUUUUUAUCAAAAUAAAAUUUUAAUUUAAAAAUUCAAAAAGUCAAUGAAAGUAAGGUUUCGAAGAAAACAAUUGGUAACAAAAUCGACAUACACUCAAUUUUAUUCCUUCCAUACUCCUGAACUUUAAGCAGGAUUUUCCUUUAAUAUCUAACAAGUCUCAAUACUCACUAAUUAAAAUGUAUACAUGGACAUGCA